AUGAUCAUUCUCCAUAAUUUCACAAAGACCACCCCACAAAAUGACCCCUAUAAACGCUUCAUAUGCAGGACUCGUUUGUCUUCCAAUAGACCCCCAUGUAGUAGAUUUGCUCUUAGCUCAUUUUUUGGCACCGUUCCUCCACGGGAGUUCUUGCGUUUAGUCUUUACGCGAGAGAGGAAGAAAGAAGGGUCGAGCGUUAGUGCUGGGUUUGUGAGGGACGGGGUUGUUGUUAUCGCUGCUUGUUUUCCCCACCUCCCUGUCCUGGCGAAAGCUCAAAGCGCUAAAAUGGAGGCGGAAAGAUCCGGCGGAGUAGCAGGGGGAACGAACCAGAACUCUGGAGGCAGCGGCGUGGGGCGCAACCCGAACGGGCCGAAAUCGGUGCUCGGGCAGGCGACAACAGCAGCAGCGAUGGCUGGAUCGUCGCAGCCUCGAGAACCACAAGACGGCGACGCAGGCCUAUCGCUUCCCGGGAUCUUGCACUUUAUCCAGUUCGAAUGGGGACGCUUCCAGACCGAGAAAUAUCGUUGGGAAGCCGAGCGAGAUGAACUCAGGGCUCAGGUGACGUUCCUGCAGGGCGAGAGGAAGGGGCAGGAGAACAUGAAGCAGGACCUGGUCAGGCGGAUUAAGAUGUUGGAGUACGCCCUUAAACAAGAGAGGUCCAAACACCAGAAGCUGAAGACAGGCAGUGACCAGAGCCCAGGGGAGAAGAAACCAGAGGCAGAGCAAGUGCCUAAUGGGCCAGCAGAGUCUGAAUCUGAGCCAGCCAAUCAGAUGUCCUGGAAGGAGGGCCGUCAGCUACUGCGCAAGUACCUGGAGGAGGUGGGCUACUCGGACACCAUCCUGGACAUGCGCUCGAAGCGUGUGCGCUCCCUGCUGGGUCGUACCAGUCCCGAGGCUAACGGCGCCCCGGCCAGCAGCGAGCAGCAGCCCACCCCGGAUCCCGAGCCCCUGGCAGGGGGGGAGUCACUCCUCAUCAGACAGAUAGAGGAGCAGAUCAAGAGGAACGCGGCGGGGAAGGAUGGUUCUAAGGAGCGCCUGGGUGGUUCCGUGCUGGAUAAGAUCCCCUUCCUACACGGCUGCCAGGAUGACGAUGAGGAUGACAGUGAUGAGGAAGAUGACUUCCAGGGCAUGGGCGUGGACCGUAUAGACGGGCAGCGCAACAAGAACAAGAAGCCGCACGUUAAGAUGGGGACUGAGCCCACGACCACAGACCUGGACCCUGAUGAUGAGGAGGAUGAAGACGACUCGGAGGAUGCCCUGAGCGAGUUUGACUUCCUGGGAUCAGGGGAGGAGGGGGAGGGGGCGGGAGAGGCCCGGAUCUCAGGGGACGGCCGGGAGUUAGAGAACCGCAGGAACAAGUUACAGGGCUUGAUGUCGGACUUCCCCCCCAAACCCUCCCCGCCCCCCUCUGUUUUGGGACAGUCUCGCUCCGGGGAAGGUGGCGCUCUGGGUUUUUCCUCCGACGUCUUCAUCCUGGACGCCGUCGGGGGCGGAGACAUGAACCUGGGGGAGCUGGCUGACCUCACCGUCGCCAACGACAACGACCUCACUGUGGAUCUACAAGAUAACCGGGAGGAGUUCAAGAAGACGUGGAACCCUCGCUUCACGCUGCGCAGCCACUUUGAUGCCAUCAGAGCGUUGACGUUCCACCCCAGCCAAGCCGUUCUACUCACAGCCUCCGAGGACGGAACCCUGAAGCUGUGGAACCUCAACAAGGCCAUACACUCCAAGAAAAAUGCAGCGCUGGACGUUGAACCCAUCUACACCUUCAGAGCCCACAGUGGUGCAGUUCUGUCUCUGGCAAUGGGAGAGGACGGAGACUCGUGCUACAGCGGGGGUCUGGACGGAAGCGUGCGCUGCUGGAAGAUCCCUGACAUCAACGUGGAUCCCUACGACAACUACGACCCGGCCAUAGAGAGCAGUGUGUUGUCGGGUCAUGAGGACUCAGUGUGGGGUCUGACGUACUCUGCCCACCACCAGCGGCUGGCCUCCUGCUCUGCAGACGGGACCGUUCGCAUCUGGGCACCCCAGAACUCUGCCCCCUGUCUCUCCGUCUUCAACAAGGAGAAAGAGCACGGAACACCCACCUCGGUGGCCUUUGUGAACUCUGACCCCGACCAGGCGGUGGUGUCAUUCGACGGCGGCGAGACGCUGCUCUAUGACCUCAACACAGAGCAGAGCAUCAUGGUCCUGGAGACUGGCACCAAGGACGGCAGUAAGCUGAUUAACUGUGUGGUCAGCCACCCCUCUGAGCCCAUCUCCAUCACCGCACACGAGAACCGCACUAUCCGCUAUCUGGACAACAAGACAGGAAAAGUGAUCCACUCCAUGGUGGCACACCUGGAUGCUGUCACCUGUCUGACCACGGACCCCAAAGGCACUUACCUCAUCUCUGGCAGCCAUGACUGUUCGGUGCGUCUGUGGAUGCUGGACAACAGGACGUGUGUGCAGGAGAUCACGGCCCACAGGAAGAAGCACGACGAGGCCAUUCACGACGUGGCCUUCCACCCCUCGCAGCCCUUCAUCGCCUCGGCCGGCGCCGACGCACUCGCCAAGAUCUUCGUCUGAGAGGAGGCACAGACGGGGACCAUCAUCCUCCUUGCCCGACAAACACAACUUGGCCAGAGGAGAGUGAUGACUACAAUGGACAAACCUCACCUGCCUACACACGCAAUUUCACAGUUACACACACACAGACAGACAGACAUCCAGUGACAUACACACACGAGACUGUGUCCUGCACCCCACUGGCUGGGUCAUCGCCAACAGGACACUAUUACGCACAGUUCUCUAGCUGUCCCAUGAUGCCUCACUAACUUGUUGCAAUACUAACCAUACUGCUUUUCUAACGACUAAUCUGGCUGCUCGGUUUCUUAGGUCAGUUUACUACACUGUAAUGCUCUGUUCAUUUCUACCUUUACAGUCCACUCAUGGUUCUAAUUAAGGCAGUGUGCGUGUUGACAUUGAUCACUACACAUGCCGAUGCAUCACCUACUACAAUUAGUGACGCGCGCACACACACACACACGCGGAUUAACAUUCAGUUUCAGUUUUAAAUGUUUUUUAAAAAUAUAUACAAAAAGCUUAGCUCACCAGUUGCUAACACACAUAAGUACCUGACUACAGUAGAGUCCAGUCCCCAUCAAGUGACGGCGUUAGCCGUUGUCUACUGCAAUACAGCGUGGGGUCACAAUUCCAAAGGCUUCUGAGGGUUUUAGUUUGUGUGUGUGUGGAGUCUUCUCCUAGCCAGUGUUGGACAAACAGCUUUAAUUUCAGCCUCAUCGCCGAGACACUAAGUCUGAGUGUUUGUCUGUCCGGUAUUGUACGGUCAUCCAUUUCAGUAGAAUCAAGUAUGAUAGGAAAUGGGUGUGUGUGUGUUGCACUUGUUUAAUCUUUGGUGCUAAGAUCUCGUCAGUCCGAGUCUGAAUCAGGGACAUGUUUGCAUUCGAGGUGUGUGUGUGUGUGUGUGUGUGUGUGUGUGUUACUCUUUGUCUCACUGGGAUAUUUGUCAUCAACAGUAGCAUGAAAUGGCUUGUAUCAUGCGUCACUCUCCAGCCACGCCAUCUGUUUGUGUUGAGAUACUGUAUGGGUCAUUUUUUUAUCUCAUAAGAAGACUAACACGCUAUGCUAAGCAGACACUUUUUUUCUACUGGUUUCCUUUUAUAUAUAUAUGUGUGUGUGUGUGUGUGUGUGUGUGUGUGUGUGUGUGUGUGUGUGUGUGUGUGUGUGUGUGUGUGUGUGUGUGUGUGUGUGUGUGUGUGUGUGUGUGUGUGUGUGUGUGUGUGUGUGUGUGUGUGUGUGAGUUGGCAUUUCAUCAGGAUAGCUGGUUUGUGAAAGAGUUUGUGGAGAUGAUGCCACAGUGGAGACCUCUGACUGAAACGGUUGACGUUGAAAGAAAGUGACACUACUCCCAAUAUGGCGUCCUGUAUUCUCCCUUCCUUAAGUCGGCAUCAAGUCAAAAUGGUCCUUCGUGCCGGUGUAUUUAUUUAGGCUUGCGCUUGGAAACAUAUUAUCCAUUGAAAUAGCUGUUAGGUUUCUGGUUUUGGUGCGAGUCCUCAUAGUGGGAAACUGGCCUCUCUCCAGUGUCAAUGGAGCCAGCAGGGGAAAUUGCCCCCAGGAUAUGGGAACAAAAGGCACAUAAAGAGCCCUCCUUCCUCUCCCUUUCCCCUAUGGAGGGGAAACAAGAACAAACACUACCUAACCCUUAGCCCCCCUUACAUUGGCCUCCGACAAAUACUGAACUAGACAGGGUUGGUGUCUGUUCACCAAGCAGUCACUUUGGGCUUGGAUUAUUGUUCCUGUUUUUCUUCCUGGAAGGGAAAACAAGUGUGGACAAAGUGCGACGCCACUCUGAGCCGCGGGCGACCGCUAAAGACUGGACAUAUCGGUCAGAGAUCAGGGGUGAUGUCGUUAGGUAGCCGGUUUAUUUUUUUUAACUUUCCGGUGGUGGAGGCAGAGGGAGCCCUACGGGCAGAUCUCUGGCUGUGGAAACAUGGUUCCACCAGGCCAGGGCAGAGCAUGGCAGUAAAGAAUUAAUGGUCCAGUAGCACCAUGUCAAUCGGUAACUGGCCCUGAGCUGUCCCCAAACCUACUAAUCAACCCCUCUCACACGCCAGAGGGACAGGUUAGAAGUCGUCCCUAACCACUGAUUCCAGAUCAGAUAUUUCUUAAUCUCCUUAAUGGUUAAAGCCAGAUUUGUGGCUAUGGUUAUCUGAUCCUAGAUCUGUGGUUUAAGGUCAACUUUAACCAACUACGGUACAUGCAACAGGGUCACUACAGGGAUCCAAGAAAUGACUGAGAGGUCAACGUUUUCCUCUCCACUGCAAGACCUUAUGGGAAAACACUCUGUGGUCUAGCCAGACGGGUGUCUGUGGGCUUGGUUUAGUACAUGUCAGCUUCAUGUGUUUGCUAAAACAUGAUGGUUUCAGAUGUAUUGGAUUUGAUGAGGCAGAGAGAAUGCCUAAAGUGCUACUGUGGCACAUUGUGUGCUGUAAUGCUUUGUUGUUGAGAGGAUAAAUAUAGUACACAGUUGUCAAUCACCCACACUAACUGUUGGUUAUAUGCUGCACUACAUCAGCUGCACUAGACCCCAAGACUAGACCAAGGGGUUAUCUGUAGCUUAGCUGUGUCUUAGUGUGGCUGUGGAGACCAGGGCCCAGUUUCCCAAAAGCAUCUUAAAGAGCGACUGACCCUAAAAAAAAAAGCAACUUCUCGUUUUUGAAAAUGGCCUACAUGAGUCAGAAACACGUAUUCUACUGUCAAAAUUGACUGCCGAGUGUAAUUUUGGUCAUUACAAGUCAGUCUCGUCCAAAACAGUUGUUACUAUAGUUGCAUUUGAAAGCGCUCAUUAUUUUCCCGGCUGCCUCAGAACAGCGGAGUGAGUCGUUAGAUGCUUUUUAAAAAAUAUAUAUAUUUUUUACCCUUCCUCGUCACUUUAUACACUAAACAGAAGGUCUCAGCUAAACAUAGAAUCAAGAUGUUUAUCUGUCUCUGUGAACGCAGAUAACUUAAGAACGUAGUUUGACUGCUACAAAUACAAAGUUGCCAAUGUCCUUGCGAUUGUUGCAAACCACAAGGUUCCAAAAUACCAACUGAGUUGACUGUGGGGAGCCGACGGACAAACAAUGAUAUAAAUACAGGCAAUAGACGUAUGUAUAUAGGCUACAUACAGUGCCUCUGGGAAAAGUAUUCAGACCCCUUGGCUUCUUCCAUACUUUGUUAGGUUACAGCCUGAUUCUAUAAUUGAUUAAAUCGUUUGUUCCCCCCUCAUCAAUCUACACACAAUAUCCCAUAAUGACUAAGCAAAAACAGGUAAAAAAAAAAAAAAAACGGAAAUAUCACAUGUACAUAAGUAUUCAGACCCUUUGUUGAAGCACCUUUUGCAGCGAUUACAGCCUCGAGUCUUCUUGUAUGACGCUACAAGAUUGGCACACGUGUAUUUGGGGAGUUUCGGGCUCUUGUCCCGAAGCCACUCCUGCGCUGUCCUGUCUGAGGUCCUGAGCGCUCUGGAGCAGGUUUUCAUCAAGGAUCUCUCUGUACUUUUGCUCCAUUCAUCUUUAAUUUGAUCCUGACUAGCUUCCCUGCCAUUGAAAAACUUUCCCACAGCUGCCACCACCAUGCUUCACCGUAGUUUGGCCGGGCGGCCAGCUCUAGGAAGAGUCCUGGUGGUCCCAAACUUCUUCAAUUUAAGAAUGAUGGAGGCCACGGUGGUGUUCGGGACCUUCAAUGCCGCAUAUUUCUUUUUGUACCCUUCGCCAGAUCUGUGCCUCAACACAAUUCUGUCUCCGAACUCUACAGACAACAUGACUUGGUUUUUGUUCUUACAUGCACUGUCAACUGUAGAACCUUUUAUCUAGAGAGGUGUGUGCCUUUCCAAAUCAUGCCCAAUCAAUUUAAUUGACCACAGGUGGACUCCAAUCAAGUUGUAGAAACAUCUCAAUGAUGAUCAAUGGAAACGGGAUGUUUUUUCUGUUUUUUUUAUAUUUAAUACAGUUGAUAAAAUGUCUAAACCUGUUUUUGCUUUCUCAUUAUGGAGUAUUGUGUGUAGAUUGCUGAGGAUUUUUCUUUAUUUAAUCCAUAACAUUGGAAAAAGUCAAGGGGUCUGAAUACUUUCUGAAGGCACUGUAUAUAGGCCUGUUUAUCAUCAGAAGGUCUCAAAUCAGAUUCAAAUCAAUUUCAUGCUCAAUCAAUUGAGUUCUAGUUUGCUGGCUAGCCUACUGUGCAAUUUUUACCUCGAUACAUUUCAUGAUAUGUAAUGUGUGCAAUGAUAUGCCAAAUCUCUGAUUUGUGCAUUAUUAUUGUGUAAGCAUUAGAAUAUGCCGCCUCAAUAUUUGCAGCCAUUAGGUGAUAAUCUCUCUAGGAGCUGAUCCUUUGUCAGUAUUGUGAAAUUAUUAUAAUGUUAAAGUAAGAUAUGAAUAGACAGAACUGAUCCGAGAGCAGUGCUGCCUUUCUUUCGAUCCUACCAGUAUUGACACAUGCUCCAACGACGCACUUGGCGAACGUUCUUUCUACGUUGUGUUUUGGGAAACGCAUGUUACAUCUUCGGGCGUUGUAGGAACGAUGGAUUGUUAAAACACCUGUAAACCUAAAUUCCAUCGCUAUCGGGAAACCAGACACCUGAAGUGUCUCACUGCCAUUUCUCCUCCCUUCACGUAAAUAUUGAGACGGCAUGAGUGUGUUGGAUGAACUCUGCACUCAGUGUCUUUGUGUCAGUCAGUCUACAUGUACGUCUGUAGCUUUGAGCUAUAGACUGGUCCCGAGACGCUCAAAUAUGUCCCUCUUCUGAGAACAGACAAAUCAAUGACAAAUGAAACAAAGCGAGAGGAAAAUAAAAAUGACUGUAAUUGAUAAAAGACUAGAGCUGCCGUUAUGUGGUGUACAUGUCCAUUUUCAUUUUUUAUUUGUUGCUUUUUUCCCCCUUUUGAUUAUAAUUAUUAUGGAAGAAUACUGUAGUAUCACAAGUGAAAUCAUUAUUCUUUGCUAGGCUUAGAACUUGCUUGUGAUUGAUAAUGACAAUGUAUACCUUGUUUAAAAAAAAAAAGAAAAAAGGUUAACAAAUCUGAAAAAAUGACAAAAAAACUAAAAACAUCGAAAAGUGAUCAGUCCGAGGCCAAGGUAAAGGACUCGUUUCUUUGUGUUUUUAUUUUUUUAAUAGCAACUUAUCACUGUGUGAUAUUUUGUAUAUCAUAUUAAGCUGCAUUCAAACAAUUUCCUCUAACUACAAGGGAUAAGAGACCUGCUUUUUAUUCAGUUUGUUUUAUUAUAUAUAUUUUUUGAACUGCAUUUUAGCUUGUAUCAAAUGACAGAUUUUCCUCUUUGGUUUUGUUUACUUUGCGGGUCUCGUGUUGUAUGUCAUUAAAGAAAAAUGAAAAAAAAAAUGAAAAAAAAAAGCGAUUUUGUACAGUGAAUUUGAGAGCAAUAUUGUCAUUCAUUAUUUCUUAUCAACUGUCAUUCUUUGCUGUAUAACCACAUGUUAAUGAUCAACCUAAUGAUCCAGGGUUUCCCUCAUAUGUUCCUUGUAUAGAAACAUAGUAGGGUUGUUCCACAAAAUGAGUCUCUUUUGACAUUUUAAUUAGACAUUUUGCGCCAAAAUGGAAUUUUUAAAGCCUGUUAUUAAAUGAAGUGCCCUUGUGAUAUAGACCACAUGGAAAAUGCAAAAACAAUGUAUGAAUAAAGUCUUGCUAAAAUGCCAAA